AUGCUUCUAACCGCACUCUUCCUCUCGUCAUGCUAUUGGCAGCCUGUACCGAUCAAUACUUCCCUUGCAUACCCUUGGUCCGAUAACACAACGACGUUCUCACACGCGCUAUCUGCGUUAUCCAUACCCCAAGAUGGUCGACCGACAGUGGUGCGACUUCUCGACCGAUGCUGGUGCGACUUGUCGUCAGUCAAGCUGUUUGAACCCUUCGAUAUUGCGGGGUGGGAACGUGCCAGCGUGGAACGUGUAAAAGAGGACAUGGAGCGGGAGGAACGAGAGGCCCGCCGACUGUCCAUGAAUGACGAGAAGGAGAGGGACGCGACAGAGAGUGAAGGCGCCGUGAUUGGAGAGGAAUUAGCCGCCGCAGGAUCUCAGAGUCCAAAAGUGGAGACAAGUGCCCCAUCAGCAGAUCGCCCUCAGGAGGAACAAGUAGUAAAGCGGAAAGGCAUCACAUCCAUCCUUCGUUCCUUAUCAUUACCCCGGCACGCGGUCGACCUGGGUCACAAUCUAUCCAAGCCAGUUUCACAGUCGCUGGAGAGCGUUCCUAUCCUUGAGACUACGUCGAUAUCAUCACCACUAACCGAAAAGCGUCCACUGUUGCGACGAGAGUAUGACCUUCGACCGUAUGGGCUUGCCAUGAUCAUUGAUUUCGGGUGGUCAAGGCAAGGCGCAUAG